AUGAUUGAUCAACGCCUAUUCAGCGGCGAUAUAAAACUACCAGAAUUCCAUGGCAACCCAUCGGAAUUCGGUUCAUUUUGGGAACUCUUUGAAGAACUUGUUCACAAACAACCCUUCUCCAACAUAAGAAAGCUCUCCAUUCUACUCAGUUGUUGCAAAGGAGACGCAGCAAGAUGCCUACGAAUGAUUCCUCGCACAGGGGACUCAUAUGAAAAGGCAAUUGAACAAUUAAAAGAUCAAUACGAAGACCCAAGGAGAAUAACCAUACAAAUGAUCCGUCAACUCACAUCAAUGAAGCCAUGUAAUAAUGACCCACGUACCCUACGUAACAAUCUUAAUGACAUCAAAGCCAUCAUAGCCACAAUACAAAAACAAGGCGAAAUGGUGGACAAUACCUACAUGACUACAUUAGUAAUAGAAACAUUCCCCAAACAAAUUCAAGAAGAAAUCGCUCAUAAACAAUUCGACAGCGGAAGAGAAUGGGCAAUGAAAGAUCUCAUUACAAACCUAACAACUAUAAUCAAACGAAGAGAAUUUAUUGAAAGUCGCAACGAACAUUUACAUGAACAACACUCAAUUUUUCACAUGCGCACUCGUGAGCCAAGGAUGCUUCAUUGCAUUGGGUGCGGAAGACCUCAUCAAUUUGAAAACUGCGACAAAUACCGUACAAUUCCACAAAAGAUAGAACGCCUCAAAUCUCUAACUGCCUGUUGGAAAUGUUUUAACCCACGCCACAAGACAAUUUACUGUUACAGACCAGACUGCGCUAACUGUGGUGGACAUCAUAACACAGCAAUAUGCCAACGAUACCAAACUCCCCAAGCCAUCGCAAGCCCUUCCAACCAUCACUUCAGCGUCCAACAUCGACACCAUACAAUAGACAGCACCCAUGGAAACCACAAGCACCACAACGAAUCCUCCAAGACAACAACGUCAUACAGCGUCCGUAUCGCUUUCCAAGACGAGCAUCACUUUCUCCACGAAGACCAAGACAAACACACCACAAAGGAGAACGAGCAGUUCCCCAUCAAGGGAAACAAC